UGGAAAUGGAAGACUUAAAGGAAAAAUAUCAAAAGAUGACAAAGGAGAAAGAUUCCUUACAACAGAAACUUUUCGAAAUCCAAUCUGAGUUCUGCUCUGUCGAAAUUGAAAGGGAUCUUGAAAGGGAAACAUCGCGUUACUUAAACGAACAGCUCACGUCACUCAGUUCCUCGUUGUUGUUGAAGGAAAACGAGCUGGUUUCGUUAAGGAAGAGAUAUCGACUCCUAAAUGAAGGUUUUAUGAACAGCGAAUUGCUUAGAGAAGGUUUGGAGAAGGAUAUCUCGGGGUUGACGGAGGUAAUCGGGGAACUGGAGGGACGCUUAGAGUCUUCAAAAGAAUUGUCAAAGACCACUGAGAAGAAUGAAAUCUUGUCCCUACGUGAAAUGUUGGAAAAAGAGCGAAACGCAAAAGUUAACGUGGAAGAAAUGUUUAAGACUGUUGAGGAGGAACGGAGCUUGCUUUUGAAGGAAGUGGAAGAAUUGAGAAAUGAGCAUCAGAAAGAAAUAAACGAAGUGAAUGUACUUCGUGAUCUUCUUCACGACAAGAAUAAGCAAGAACAGACACGUCAACUUCGGGAACAACAGCUGCAAAGAGAACUGGGACAGAAACAAGAGAUGCUUGGAAAAGACGUUUCUGAACUUCAGGAGACCAAAGUGAAAUUAUCCAACGAAAUAUCAUUGCUGCAGACCGAGAACAAGAACUUGGAAGACGAACUUUACCAGCAGUUGGUCGUCUUGGAGAAACUUGAAAAUGAAAACAAGUCAUUCGCCAAGUCGAGAAAAGAGUUAAAUGAUAAAUUGAAGGUAGUCGGAUUUUCUACAAUUAAUCAGUUGAUUUCUGAGUAUUCGUCUUCACAAAAGAGGAAACUCGAGUUGGAAAGCAAAAUUAGCCACCUCGAGCGAAAGAUUUCAAGUGGUGAUGUUUCAGAGAAGAAAGAAGAAUUUGGUGUCUCAAAGGUUCACUUUGAAAUGAGUUGUCAAAAGUCAUCCUGCGUUCCAAGAUCGGAAUAUCUCAAGUUAAAAUUCCAGCUGAAAUCUUUGACUGAAGAGAAUGACGUCCUCAAGAAAACUGUAAAAGAGCAUACAACAGCAAGAAAUGAUCGCCAAUCUCGAAAGCACGAAAACAGGAUCGCAAAGAAGUGGCUGAAAACAAUGAAGGACAGUAUAAAUGAAAUUGUUAAAGAAGACGAGUAUGCCACGGAUCAUGGCAGCACUGUUUUACUUAACAAAAAGCUUCACGAUGCUAACAUAAGUAUUGAGGAGUUGCAACACGCGCUUGAUAUUUCCAGAAAAGAAAAAGAGCAUUUGGUUUCUACCGACAGCAGGCUUAGAGGCGAAAUCGAGGCGCUGAAGAAACAGUUGGUUCAAAGUCAAGAGACCCAGAAUGCCUUGUUAAGAGAGAUGAAUGCGAAACUUGCCAAAGCAGAGAAAAACAUUGAAGAUAAAAUUCAAAUGGGAAUCAAAAAGGAAGAAAGGAUUGUGCAUCUUGAAGAGCAAAACCAAGAGUUGUCUAUUGAGUUGGAGAAACUUAAAGAAAUACAGCAGUCAUCGCAGAAGGAAAAAGAUAAGAUUGAGAAUGAGCUCGAGAUGCUUAAACGAGACAUCUUGAAAUGUUUUGGCAGUUUGUGCAUACAGUCUGUCAGUAAAUCAUUCACUAGUGCAAAGGAAAAGACGUUUGAGUAUAAGCAAAUUAUUGAAAAUAACAAUGACAGCCUUUCUAAACUAACACAAGAUUUGAGUUCAUUACAACAAGCGAAUACGGUUUUGCGCGAAGAACUGAACGAGGCUCGGAUUCAGUUGGAAAAGAAAGAUGAAGUAAUUUCCAAAAAGCAACUUAAUGAAUCUAUCUUGGAGAAACGUGAAUCUGACAGACUUCAAGCUGUAAUUGAAGCAUUGGAACGCAGCAAGCAAAAUGAAACAGAGCUGUUGGCCAUGUACACUAAAGAGAAGCAAGCAACGGAAAAACUGCAAGAAGAGGUUAUGAAGUUGAGUUCAGAAUUGCAAGAAACAAGAGUGUCGUUGUCAAAUAAAGAAAAAGAAUGUGAAACGACCAAUCGUAUCAUGCAGGAACUUGAAGCAACUUGCGGAGUUUACGAAGAGGAAUUUGACAAAUCAACAACCAAGAAUGUUCAGCAAGAAAAUGAGUUGUCUUCGGAUGAGGGCCAGGACGAUAAUGUUUCCGAGACCGACAGCGAUUCGACAGCCGAGAAUUUCCGGGAAAUGCAAGAGGUUCUUCAGGAACGCAUGGUGACAAAGGUGAAGGGUCUUGAAAAGAGACUUCAAGAAACACUCAGUGCGCUAUCUUCGUAUCAAAAUCUGAACGCGAACCUUCGGAAAAAAUUACACGAAGCUGAGAGGAAAUAUUUCGAAAAGAAAGAAGUGGAUAAUGCAGAGACAACAGAUAAGGAAUUCGUGCAGACAAUUUUGAAUAAACUUGCCGAAAAAGAAACGGAAAUCCAACAACUUUUACGCAAGAGUUCGUCAGAGUCAGAAGAUGUGAAAAAGAGAAGCAUCGAUGAAAAUAAACUGGAAGAGAUGUUAUCUUCCUACAGAGAAAAUAUCAAGCAAUUGAAGAUAGAAAAUGCGAAAAGCGAAGUUCGUUUAGUUGAAGCUAACGAAAAAAUCGCCAAACUGGAAGGCAGAACAGAAAUUUGUCAGUCCUGCAGAGAGAGAACCACAAAUGGAGAAGAGGAGAUAGCGAACAGUGAUUCUUCUGUAGAGAACGAUGAAUACAAGGAAUCGUUAGUAAAUAACCGUAAAAGUAUAACAAGCGAGGACCAUUCAAGAGUUACGAACGAUAAUGAAAAAACUGAAAACUUGAAAGAAGAAUUGGACUGUGUAACAACCAAGUAUAUAAACCUCAAAGCUGCUUUUGAAAGAAGUUUGAAACGGCUAAGCGUUCUGGAAGCUGGGCAUGAUGAUGAGAGAGAAGAAGAAAUGCCAGGUAAUAUAGUUGGAUCAUGUACAUCAUCUCAUAUUGCUCCAGAAAUGGUUGUGCCUAAGUUUAUUUCUCCUCUUCAGGGAAAGAAACCAGUGACUGCUGAACUUAAUAAUGAAUUCCAUGAAUUGAAACAUUUUAAAAACCCUCAAGACACGCGAUCGAUUUCAACAUCGUCGUUUUCGGAAAUCGCAUGCGCUUUCUUAGAAAGUGAUUCAGAAUCUAUAAAAAGUGAUCGUAUGGUUAUCGAGCUAACUUUAACAGACAAUGAAUUGAAUUCCCUUGAAAUUCCUGAGAAACCUACAGAUUUUGUUCAAGAAAGAAUAAACUUUGAAAAAGAAGUUAACGGUCUAAGAGCUAGGAUUAUUGAGCUAGAGAAACUAAAUUCCACAACUGCAAAUGAAGUUUAUCGUGUUAAACAUUGCUCCUUGAAUGAAAGAAUAAACUUAGAAGACAAGUUGAGAUCCUUACAAGAGUCGCAUGACAUGAUCAAUUCAAAGCUGGUCUCAGUUGAGAUGGAAAAGAAUUCGUUGGAAGAACAAGCGAAAGAACUGAAAAACAAGUGCUUAAAGGCUAAACAGGAAUUGCAACUCUUUCAAAGGUCAAUUUCAAAGGAACGAAAAAUUUCGGAAAAUACAAUCAAAGAAUUAAAGGAACAAGAUAACGCUUUGAAGAAAAAGAAGGUGGAAUUGGAAAUGGAAAUUGAAGAAUUGAGGAAAAGAAUGGCACAAUUAGAAGAAAAACUAGAUGAAUGUUCGUGCGAAAAUAUUGAUCUCAAGAAUGUUUUGAAUAGAUUAGAAGGAGAAAUAGAGAUAAAUAGGAAACAGAAAGAAUACUACAUGUCAAAGAUAUCGGAUCUAGAACAACAAACUCGUAUGCUCGACAGUGAAACACAAAAAUCUAAAAUUUUUAUCGAAGAUGAAAAACUGAAACACGAGGAAACCACCAGGAAACUUGAGUGUGUGAUUGUGGACAUAGAAAAUGAGAAUAAAAAACUGAAAAUUGAGAACGGCGAAGCGCUUUCGAAAAACCAGAAGAUGAAAGAAAUAAGCGAGGGUUUGAUAAAGAAUCACGAGCUUAAUAUGUUCUCAGUUCUAGAAGAAAAGAAACGUUUGGAAAAUGUGAUUAUCAAUCUUGAAACAAACAUUACUACUUUAGAAAAAGCCUUAGUCUUUGAGAAAGUAACAAAUGAGGAUUUGACUUGCAAGCUAAAGGCAGAUCAUGAAACAAACACAGAUAUUUUGAAAAACGAAAGAAAUCAUUUUCUUAUUGCUAAAGAACAGCUUCAAGAGAAAGUAAUGAUCAUGGAAAAAGAAAUUCAAGAUUUGAAUUUUAAUAAAGAUAAUUCUUCAACAGUAAUCGAAGAACUUAAGAAUAAAAUCCAUUCGUUGAGUGAAGAAAACCAGCAAAGUAUGAAAGGUUUGUCAAACGAGAAACAAAAAGUAGAAGAUAGCAAUAAAAAGUUGCAGAAUGACAUUAUAGCGCUUAAAGAAACGUUUUCUUUUGAGAAUCAGGCGAAAGAAGUUACGAUAUCGCUAAUCAGAAAGGAAAACGAGGAACUCCUUAAAGAGAGAAAGCGAUACCAAGACAUAGAGAGAAAGUCCCAAGAGAGUAUUUCACUUUUGGAAGAAAGAAAACAAGAUUUAAUUUUGGAAAAGGAACUUUUGGUAGGAAAGGUUAAAGAUCUUGAAGACUCUAUUUCUAAACAAAAACAGACUCUAGAGAACACAAUUGAACAUUUGCAAGCCACAAUAGUGCAGCUGCAAAGUGAAAUUAAGGAGAAACAAUUGAUUGGUGAAAGAAGCGAUGCAAGAAUUCAGGAAACACUUCUUGCCUUAGAGUUUGAAAAUGAGAGGCUUAAAAUUCAAAAUGGUUUGUUAGAAACACAAAUUGUCAGUUCCGUAGAUGAGAUACAACGCAUCAAAGUUCUUUCAUUCAACGAAAGGCAAACGUUGGAAGCAGACGUCAAAUAUCUUAAGGAAAAAUCUACAUUAAUUGAAAAUACAAUCUCAAUGGAUAAACAAACUAUAGAACAUUUAAAUUUUGCUAAACAUAAUCUGGAAACAAAAUGCAAUUAUCUUCAGGAAGAGUUGGAACGUGUUAAGGUCUGUUCCUUCAACGAGAGCCAAUUGGAAAAUAAGAUUGUGAAACUAACUGAUGCGCUCUUGGCGAUAGAGAAGAAAUUUGAAGACUUAAAAAUCGAAAAGAAUUAUUUGGUGUCAAGAGAGAAAGAGUUGACGGACAUGGUUAUAACAUUGCAAGACGAAUUGCAACGUAUAAAAGUAUGUGCUUGUGAAGAACGCGAAAGUAUGGUGGACAAAGAUGAGUAUUAUUGUACUAGAGCUGAAGAAAAUAAGAAGAAUUUCGAAUGUGAGAUUUUGAAACGUGAUGAAGAACUCUCUUUACUAAAGUUGACAGUUAUUGAGCUCGAAAAUUUAAAGAAAGCCCUUGAGAUUGAUAAUGAAAAGCAGAAAGAAGAGAUUGGUUCUUUUAAAAUUGCGAUGGAAAUUCUUGAAAAUGAGAAAAAUGUGUCUGACGAGAACCUGCUCAAUUGCAAACACCAAAUUAUAAAUUUCACCACAAAUUUAAUGAAUCUUGAGGAAGAUAAGAGGGCUUUAGAAACAACUGUGCAAGAAAGAGAUGAAUCUUUGUCCUCGAUGAUAGAGAAUGUUGACGAACUUCAGAAUGAAAAGAAACUGCUUCAAGAUGAAAAGGCUCUGCUAAAACGAACUGUGUCUCAGUUACAAGAAGAACGAGAAGAUCUUACUGUUGGUAUAGCUGGGGAAAAUGAAAAGCUUACUGAGAUAAACAUAAGAGUUCAAAAAUUAGAAGAAGAGAAGGCAUCAUUGGAGGGAAGGAAUAUAAUAUUGAGCAAGGAGAUGUCCGUAGUUCAGACAAAAGUUGAUGAAAUGGAAACAGAGAAAGUAUCUUUUGUAAACACCUUUACCCAGCAAGAUGAAGAACUUUCAUCCUUUAAGAUGACGAUGAAUAAACUACGCGUUGAAAAUAAAGAUCUUGAAGAUGGUGUCAGAAAACAGGAAGAUCAAAUAUUUUCACUGAACCAAGAAGUCGCCAGUCUUAUGGAAAAAAAUUAUUCCUCCAAGCAGAAUGAUUGUAAACAAAAGGAAGAAAUAACAGAAUUACGGUCGAGUAUAGCAAAACUUCAAGACGACAAGAAACUUCUGGAGGAGAAUGUCUUGAAAUGUCAUCACGAGAUGCAAUUGCUACAGUCAGAAGUGCUUCAAAUUAAGAAUGAAAAUGAAUCUCUUGUUAGCAAUAUUGCUUUAAAAGUGGAAGAACUAUCCCUGAUCAAAAUCAGUAUAGAAAAACUUCAGGAAAGGAAUAAUGUUCUUCAAGAAGUCAUUGUACAACGUGAUAGUCAUAUUUCCAUGCAAGAGGCGAGCAUUUCUAGAUUUGAAACACAAAAAGAAUCGCUUUCAAAGGACAUUGCCGGAAAAGACGAGGAACUGUCUGUUAAAAACCUUAAUGUUACGAGACUUCUGCAAGAAAAAAAGGCGCUAGAAAGUGAUAUUUCCUUAAGAGAAGCAAGCCUUGUCAGGGUAGAGAAAGAAAACGAAUCUCAUCCUAAUGAAAUUGCAAGAAUUGAGGAAGAGUUGUCUGUCAUGAAAGGAACAGUGAAGAAAUUACAAUAUGAAAGAAAAGCACUGGAGGAAGGGCUUGUCGAACGUGAUGCUGAUAAAUCUUUGCACGAAGCAAGUAUGGCCAAUCUUGUUAAUCAUCUUUCCAAGAAAGAUGAAGAGUUAUCUGCUUUGAAAGUAACUUUGCUAAAAUUACAAAAUGAAAAGAAAGCACUUGAAGAUAAAAUCGUUAAUCUUGAUACUGAUAAAUCUUUGCAAGAAGCAAGUAUCGUCAAUCUUCUUGAUAAAAAUGAACAGAAAGAUGAAGAACUCCAUCAUGAAAUAACUCUUGAAGAGCUACAAAAAGAGAAGAAAGCUCUUGAAGAUGGAAUCGUAAAGCGUGAAACAAACAAAUCCUUACAGGAAGCAAGCAUGGCAAGCCUUGUUGGUAACAUUGCCACGAAAGAUGAAGAAUUAUCCUUCCUGAAAUUAACUGUUUCAAAGCUAGAAGAACUAAAUCAAGUUUUUGUUCAUGAUAUUACAGAACGUGAAGGUGAAAUUUCUUUGCAAACAACGAGGGUAGAAAGACUUGAGCAGGACAUUGCUGCGAGAGAUUAUGAACUUUCUCUUAUGAAAGCAUCUGAUCAACAAGUUCGAGAAGAGAAAAAUGUUCUGGAAGAAGACAUCGCAAAACGUGAUAGUCACAUAUCACUGCAAGAGGAAAGUAUAGCCAAACUUGAGGAAGAAAAGGAUACUUGUAUCAAAGAGAUGACUAUUAAAGAAGAAACACUUUCUGCUCUAAAAAUAAGCUUUGAACAGCUUCAAGUAUCGCAUGAAAAAGAAAUUACAGAGCGUGAUGGGCAAAUAUCUUUACAAGAAAAUAACAUUGAAAAACUGGAAAAAGACAUAAAAGAUAUUUCCAAGGAUGUUGUUAAAAAAGAUGAAGAGCUUUCUGUUUAAAAUCGACUUUCCAAAAUCUUCAACAAUGAAAAGAUUGCCCUUGAUGAAAAUUGUUCAAAUCGAGAUUGCGAAAUAUCUUCGCUUAAAGAAACAAUAGUCCAGCUGAACAAGGAAAAGGAAUCCCUUUCUGGUGACAUUUUAAGAAAAGACGAAGAGCUGUAUCUUACGAAUAAAAGUGUGGAAAACCUUCACAUCGAAUUGAAAGUAAGCGAAGAACAUAAUUACAGUCGAGGCAACGAAAUAGCUUUACUCAAGUCAACAUUAGAUCAACUUUGGCCAGAAAAGGAAACUCUUAUAGAUAAACUAGAAAAGACAGAUGAAGUGCUGAAUGUUAUGAAGGAAACCAUUGAGAAGCUUCAACUUGAAAAGAGCGCCUUCGAAGAAAACAACUUUACCCGAAAUAAUGAGAUAUCUUUGCUUGAAACAACAUUACUUCAGCUCAAGAAUGAAAAAGAGUUUCUUUCAUGUAAUAUCGCCUCAAAAGAUGAGGAACUAUUACAGAUGAAGAUAACUUUAGAAAACUUGCAAAAUGAGAAGAGAGCAAAUGCGGAAAACGAUUCUAACAGAAACAAAGAAAUUUCAUUACUCGAGAUAACACUCGUUGAACUCGAGAAAGACAAGGAACUUCUUGCGAGUGAUAUUUCUGAAAAAGAUGAAGAAUUGUGUAUUCUCAAACUAACAAUUGAAGAUAUUCAAAACGAGAAAAAUGCGUUUCAAGAGAACAAUAGUAAUCUAGACAAUGAAGUUAUGUUGCUUGAAAAGAAAUUAGCAGAGCUUAAAGAAGAGAAAGGAGUGCUUACAAAUGACAUUUGCCAGCGAGAUGACGAGCUUUAUUCAUGUAAAGAAACCAUCCAAAAUUUAGAAAUGCACACAAACACUCUUGAAAACAAAACUACGGAAUAUGAGAGUGAAAUCUCAUUGUUAAAAGAGGCGUGUUGUAAGCUUCAACAAGAGAAACAAUCUUUGCAAAACGACCUAUUAAGCAGGGAUGAAAAUCUCUCUGCUAAUGAUGUAACUAUGGAAAAACUUUGCAACGAAAAAAUUGCCCUUGAAAACAAUUUAAUGGAACGUGGUAGUGAAAUGCAGCUCAUCGAAUCAAAACUCUCAAAGCUAAAGGAUGAAAAUGAAUCCUGCAAAUCUGAACUUGAGAAGAAAGAUAAUGAGCUAUCGUCUAUUAUGAAGACGGUGGAAAAUCUUCAGUAUGAAAGAAAAGUGAUUGAAGAAGACGUUGUUGAAAAAAGGAAAGAGAAUGCUCUCUACAAGAGGCAAAUGCAGCUGGACUUGAAGAGAAAAAUAAAGCCCUUGAAGAUCAUUUGGUUGCAAAAACUAAAGAACUCUCUAACUCGAAAAUUAAUUUGGAAACGCUUGGGACUGAAAAACUGCUUCUCGAGGAAAAUAUUGGAAAAGUUCCUUGAGCUUCAAAGCGAGAAAGAAUCUUUCGAAAACAGCUUUACUGAACAAAAUAAAGAAUUCUCCAGUUUAAAGGUCAUUGUUGAAGAACUUCAAAAUGAGAAAAAGGCAUUUGAAGAUGAUAUCACAAAACGUGAUGAAGAGGCUUUGUCUUUGACGACAAGAGUGUUCGAUCUUCAAGGGGAGAUGGAAGCUCUUGCAAACCAAAACAUUGAAAAACAACAGAGGUUUUCAGCACUAAUAGAAAAUAUUGAAACACUCGAAAACGAGAAAUACAAUCUUGAAAAUGAAGUAAAUGACAGUAGAGAAGAAGUAAUUUCACUUAGAAAUAAUGUUAAUCAAGCUUUAAAUGAAAAACGAUCUGUUGAAAUCAAAAUACAGAAACUGGAAGAAGAAUUGUUAUCAAUGAAAGAGACUCUUCGUUUUCACCAAGACGAAAAGAAACUUCUGGAAAAUAAUCAGCAAGAACUUAAUGAAAAUAUCUCGCAGUACACUCUGAAAAACGAGAGAUACAGUGAGGAGAUCAAUCGCUUAAAAAAUGAUUUACAAAAUAUGACAAUAGAAAAGGGAAAUGUUGAAAAUCGAGUCAAAGAGAUCAAUGAGAAGGCGAAACGGGACGAAGACGAAUUCGAUAGGGUUGUUUCCGGGUAUCUUUGUGAGAUUGACUCGUGGAAGGAAAGGUUUCGCUCCUUGGAAGAAAAAACAGCCCUUCUUAAAGAUGACAUGGAAAAAAUUCGAUUCGAGAAGCAAGAUUUGGAAGGUAGUGUCAGAGAUAUGCAUAAAUCGAAAAAAGAAAGUGAUAACAAGAUCCAGGAGAAUAUUAUGUUAUUUAACAAGGAAAUCGAGUCGUGGAAGGUGAUGGUGCAAAAUCUUGAAAGUGAGAAAGUGAUUCUAAGAAAGGAUUUGGAAGAACUUGAAUGUGAAUGCGAACGAAGGAAGGUGGAAGUUGAGACACUACGAGAUGAGAAGGAAAAGGCUAGUGCACAGCUUAGGGAGAUGUUGAUGGCAUUUGAAGAACAAAAGAAAAAUUCUGAGAAGCGUUGGGCUUUUGAUAAAGAGAAGGAUAUGAAAAAUCUAAGAUCUGAGUUUGAGAGCAAGUUGCAAACGUUGGAAGAGCAAUUUGGCUCGAAAGAAAACGAGUUGCAUCGCAAAGAUUUUGAAAUCAAACAACUUCGAGAUGAAGCAAAUGAAUUAAAAAAUACGAUUACCAAAAUGGAAGAAGAAAUUUUGAACCUUAACAGCAAGGUGCUUGAGAUAAGCGGGGAAAUGGCUGCUUUAAAUCAAAUUAAUGAUUUAGGGUAUGAAUUGAGUCGGUUAAGAAACGAGUUAUCUAUUGAGCGUCAGAAUUCAGAAAAGAAGAAGUCUGAAAAGUCUGCUAAAAUCAGCAUUGAGCAAAGUCAGGAACAGUUGCGAGUUCUUAUGGCAGAUAUCCAAGAAACGUCGAAAGUCAAGCUUGGUUUGGAGAAAGAGCUUCAAGAUCUUCAAACGAGACUUGAACAAGACUCUGAAGAGAAGAUAAAGCUGGAGAUGGAUGUUUUUUGUUUGAAAGAAAUAACAGACGAGUUGACAAAAGGAAAGUUGACACUUCUCGAGGAGAUUGCAAGACUCAGCGACAAGAAAGAAAGAAGGCCAGGAACUCCUCAAUACCGAGUUAGUUCGCUUGCGAACAACGACCAAUGAACUUCAGAACAGCAACGAGAAAAUUGAAAAGGAAAACUCAGAAUUGAUCAUGCAAAUAAGUUCGUUGAAAGUGACCCUGGCCACUGUGGA